CAGACGGAAGUAGGAAGCGGGCGGCGAGGCGGGAAGGGGCUGAGCGCGCGGCGAUGGCGCUGCCCAGGCCACGGCUGCUGGCGGUCAGCGAGGAGCUGGACGGGGCCGAGCUGGCGGCGCUGAAGUUCCUCAGCCUGCAGCACAUCCCCAUGAGGAAGCUGGAAAAGAUCCAGAGGGCUCAGGACUUCUUUGAGGCGCUGCAGGAGAAAGGCCUGAUCGAGGCAGGAGACCUGUCCUACCUGAAGGAGCUGCUCUACCGCAUCUCUCGGAUUGACCUCUUGGAAGCUCAGCUGGGCUCCAGCCGAGAGGAGAUGGAGAGGGAGCUCCGCGUCCCCGGCAGGGCAAAGGUGUCAGCCUACAGGUACCUGCUCUUUCAGCUGUCAGAGAACAUCACUGAAGAUGAGCUGAAUUCUUUCAAGUUUCUUUUAGGGAAAGAAUUACCAAAGUGCAGGCUAAACCCUAAGGCUGCAAUGCUCGACGUUUUCAUUGAGAUGGAGAAGAAGGGGAUUUUGGGAGAAGAGAACCUAAGUAACCUGAAGACUCUCUGUGCAAACAUUAACGUCAGCCUGUUGAAGAGAAUUGAAGAAUAUGAAUUAAAAUUUGGUGACGAAGAGAUGAUCAUCACAGAGGAGCAGAGAGGCAGUACAGGAGGCCCUGAAGCCCAUGCCAGAUGGCCGGUGACAUCUGUGGCACCUGAUGCGCCUGGCAGUUGGAAUGAAUCUUCCCAGCUUGAAGUUUACAAAAUGACUAGCCGGCCCCGUGGAGUGUGCCUGAUCCUGAAUAAUCACAGUUUUGCAAAAGCCAGGGAAGCAGUGCCGGAACUCAGACACAUGAAGGAUCGGAAUGGGACGGAUGUGGAUGCAGCGGCUCUGAGAAGAGUCUUUAGCAAGCUUCAUUUUACAAUAGCAGAAUACAAAGAUCUCACUGCAGCAGAAAUCCGUGAGACUGUGAACAUCUACAAAUGUGAAGACCACAAGGACAAAGACUGUUUUGUUUGCUGUAUCCUGUCUCAUGGGAAAAAAGGCAUUAUAUAUGGUGUCGAUGGGCAGGAAGUACCUAUCCAGGAACUGACGACUUCUUUCACUGGACGGAAUUGCCGCUCACUUGCUGGAAAACCGAAAGUGUUUUUCGUUCAGGCGUGCCAAGGUGAUGCUUGCCAGAAGGGUGUGACCAUCGAAACAGAUUCUGGAGAGCAAGAUUCUUGUGUAGAAACAGAUGCAAGAUUUCAGCUCGACUGCAUCCCCACAGAGGCAGACUUCCUCUUGGGCAUGGCUACCCUGCAAGAUUAUGUUUCCUACAGAAGCACAAGGCAGGGGACCUGGUACAUACAGGCAUUGUGCCAGCACUUGGAGUACAGCUGUCCUCGAGGAGAAGAUAUUCUCACCAUCCUGACAGCAGUGAAUCGAGAGGUGAGCAGAAAGACUUGCAUGCCAAAUGCAGAGAAGCAGAUGCCACAGCCCAGUUUCACGCUGAGGAAAAAGCUCAUCUUUCCGGUCAACUAAAUGGAAGUGGCAGAGGAAUCUGAUGCGCCCUGGCUGCUAUCAGCUCGGAAUUUUAUAAAACAUAACAGACUUUCAGUGUCUGCUUUUAGCACAAGAUCAAAUGUUUUUAAAAUUAGUGUUAAUAUGUAUGAAACUUUAUACUUCACAGCAUCUCUGAGCUGGUCUCUGUUUAGUGGUUUUCUUACUAAGCUAUGGUCUGAUAAUGUCCUCUAUCAGCUGUGCCACGUUGCUGUUGCUUUAGUAAGGUAUCUUACCAGUGCAAGCCUUAGGACAAUUGUUUUGAAGCCUUGUGUAUUUUAUGCGUAACUUUAGCAAAAUAAAGGAGUGGGGGUGCCAAAAAUUUUAUAGGAUAUAAUCAGGUCACGUCAGUGUGGUCUUUUUUUACUUCUCCGCACCACUUUAAAUCAUUUUUGGGGACUUGGUACACCUCAAGGAAGAGUCAAACCCUUGGCUUCCAACAUCCUCAGCAGGAUGGGGGCCUCAUCUGCAAUUUAGACGAUCCUCUUUGCAGAGUAGUUUUCAACAGUGAAAAUCAGUUGGUCAGAUACAGGCACCUUGUGGUCACUUACCUUGCUGAUCUGAGUCUCACUUGUACGCACAGUGAAAAAAGUUGCUGGAGUACCCAGCUCUUGAAAAUCAUUUUUAUAUUGCCUCCUGUGGUUUGCAUGCACACAGAACGGGGAGUUUUACAAACUCUGAGUAGAAGCUAAAGCUUUGUUAGCUUCUCUGUUUUAUUUUGAAUGAGGUGUUAGACCCUUGUUACAGCUUUCAGCAUUAGUGAUGGUACCAGAGUAGGUGUUUAUUUAACUGAACAGAUUGAUCUUCACUGGAAUUAUUUGAAAGAGCCUAAGUCCUUCCCCAGACUCUUGUGCUGAAUACUUCUCACUUUGGUACCGUUUUGUGUUUGCAAAGAUAAGGGCGGUUAUGGAAACAGGCAAAUUGGCGCUUCCGCAUUCUAGGAGUAAUUUCCCAAGGCAGUUGUUGAUGUUUGUUUAGGGAAGCGUUGUGAAACUACUACCAGUUGUACUGAAGCAGGGAUAGCUCAUAGACAGAAGUUUGUUUAUCACUUGGAUGUGUCCAGAAAUGUGCUAUCCACCACUGAUAUCAACACCGUUUCCAGCACAAACCCAAACAUAGCACCACCAUGCCAGCAACUAUGAAGAGAAUUAACUGUACCCCUGUACAAAGGUUUUCUGUCUCUCCAGUUAUUUUAAAGAUUUACGCUAAAAGCACAGCUCCCCUUGGCUUAUCCAAACCAAUGCACUGAAAGCUCAGCUGCAGGAGCUGUGGAUAUUUUCAGGUGGAGACACCAACCCACAAGAAAAGCCUUAUUUGUAUUCAGUUCUCCAUUGUAUAGAAUGCUAUUUAAAAGCCCUCACUCCUGGGAGACUGUCAGAAGUAUUUUCUUUUAGCAAUGUGGCAAACUAAAAAAAAAAGAAGGGAGCUUGAGGCACUUCCAAAUCUUAUCUGCGCAGAAUCACUCCAGAAUUUCUUUUCAGCAUUGCCAAUGUCCCAUUGGCAACAUAACAAGCCUAUUUUCCUCUAGGAAACGCUUCCUUGUACCCUUCCUCAGUCAUGCCUGGGAUGUUUGGGUUAGUUUUAGCUCUUUUUCUGCAGCUUCAAAGGGUUUACAACUCUUCUCUUACUACAUCCAAAGUGCUAGAGAAAAAACGGGGGGAAAGCCCUCCCCACACUCUUUGUGCACUCAUACAAAGCAGCAGACGGCUGUACUCCUCAGGCACAGGUGUUUCAGGACAGCUGAAAUCCUCGAGUUCAAAAGGAACUGGGAUACUGACAUCAACUUGCUUUUCGUGUGCACCAUGAAUGGCUUUGUUGCAGAGAGAGCACGUAGCCAGAAAUCCCAACUCUGCCAGUAUCUGACAUUCCUCUGCCUGUGGCCAUAAUGCUUCACUGUGGGACACAGGUCUGUCAUUAAUUAUCUUGGUAACACAGGCCUUUGUUCCGAGGACACGUGCAUACAAAUUCAAAUGUGUUAAGUAUGUGUGUGCAUAAAUACAAUGAAUAUUAGGAAACAGCGCAAGUUACCUACUUGCUAGCGAAGGAAACCUGGUCAACAUCUCUUGCAAUCCAGGUACUGAUGCUCCAGCGCACAUCUCAAUCCUGCCUACCCAUCUAUAGGUGUGGCAAUUUAUAGAGAACGGGGAAGAUAACAUCUCAAAAUGUCCAACUUAACUUAGAAGCUUCAGCCUGUGAAAAGCUGAGCUGGAAAGUCAGAUUCAGUCAGACCAUAGUGCAAGACCUUGUCCCUUUUCUCAUGUUGGAAUAAUAAGAAAGCUAAAGGCUAGCAGUGGUUCUUGGUUCUUUGAGAUGUCUUGCACACAGGCUACUGGAAGAACCACUAUCAGUAAUUACACUAAUUCAAGCAAGAACUUGCUAACUGCAAAUCAGUGUUGUUCCUGCUGCAGGAACUGAGUGCUUUAGGAAAAAUGAUCACAACCUUCCAGCCUGAAGGUGUUGUGCGCCGCCCCAGGCGGACACCGGCAAGACUUUGGCACCUUUGUGCCAAGGGAAUUUCAGUGAGAUUACACAAAGGGAGUUCUCUUCAAGGGUAAAGAGCUUGGUUUGGAUCCCUACCCCCAUUUUAUCUCAAGUAUAGGGGCUGACAUAACAUCAGCUACUGAGAUGGAAAACGAGCAGCACUGUUAAGACAACAGUGUUGUCUAACGCUAUAAUGCUAGAUAACUUAUUAGCUGCUCUAAAAUAACAGGAGGAAAAAGUCAAAACACAAAAAAAAACCCCAAAGUACCAGAAAAUAUGAACACAUUCCUUUAAAGUUGCAGCUCACAUUCAAAUACUCUGUCUAGAGGUUGAUGUUCUGCAUCGGUGAAGUUUAAUCCUUAAGUGAAGGCUUUUCAAACAGUGGCAGCAGCACUCUGUCAGGGGUCUGUUCUUGAUUUAAGCAUUGCACAUUGACUGUGCCAAGUCUGACCACAGCUCCUACAUCACCCACAUCUGCCACCUUAGAAUCAUAGAAUAGUUUGGGUUGGAAGGGACCUCAAAACCCAUCCAGUUCCAACCACCUCUGCCAUGGGCAGCGACAACUCCCAUCAGAUCCUCCCAUCCAACCUGGCCUUGAACACCUCCAGGGAUGGGGCAGCCACAGCUUCCCUGGGCAACCUGGGCCAGUGCCUCGCCACCCUCAGCAUGAAGAAAUUCAUGCUUUUGUCUAGUCUAAAUCUGCCCCUCUCCAAUUUAAAGCCAUUGCCCCUUAUUCUAUCACUACAAGCCUUUGUGAACAGUCCCUCCCCACCUUUCUUGUAGCCCCUUCAGGUACUAGAAGGUCACUAUAAGGUCUCCUCAGAGCCUUCUCUUCUUCAGGCUGAACAAGCCCAAUUCUCUCAGCUUGUCCUCAUAUGGGAGGUGCUCCAGCCUUCUGAUCAUCUUUGUAGCCCUUCGCUGGAGCCAUUCCAACAGCUCCAUAUCCUUCUUAUGUUGAGGAUUCCAGAACUGGACACACAACUCCAGAUGAGGUCUCACAAGAGAGGAAUAGAGGAAUACGACAGACUUUUCUGAUGGUGGUUUCCCCGUUUCCCUCCAAUACAGGGCUUGUUGGGAUGAACAUUCAUAUGUUAGGGAUUCCAGGACUGGACACAGUAGUCUAGGAGGGGUCUCAUGAGAAUGGAGCAGAGGGACAGAAUCCCCUCCCUUGCCCUGCUGGCCACGCUGCUUUUGAUGCAGUCCAGGACACAUUUUGCCUGCUGGGCUGAGAGUGCACAUGGCCAGCUCAUGCCGAGCUUCUCAUUGAGCAGCACCCCCAAGUCCUUCUCUCCAGGGCUGCUCUCAAUCACAUCAUCCCCCAGGCUGCAUUGAAACAGCAGACUGCCACCUUUAACUGCUUAGGUAUAAACACAACAGCAAACAGCCCAGCCCAGCCCGAUCAAGUUUUAAAUCAAUUUCUCAGCUUUUAAAGCUACCACUUGUGCAGGUACUGACUCACUAAGCUUGUGUACAGUCUAACAUUGUACUAAAUUUUAGCUAAAAAUGGCCUAACUUUAGGCUUACUAUUCUACACUGUAGUGUAAAAGAUGACAUCUGGAACAAACCACACAAGAUGAACAAUAUACUGAAAAAUGGCAUGUUAUACAUGUUUAUUAUCAAAUUCACAUUCCACUAUGAAACAACAGUAAGUGCAAAAAGCAGAUGAAAAAAUAUCAUGAAGUUCUGUUCAAACAUUGUGUGUAGUCCCCUCAUGUAACAGCCAAAUGAGGCUGAAUCCCACUAUUCUCCUUCCUUCCCUGCUGCUGUUUGACUCCAGCAGACUUUUAACUUUGACCACAGGUAUCUUGACCAUGCAGGUAUCAAUGAGGUUAUUAAAACCAGCGAAACCAGAAAGCUAUAAACUUGUGCUUGGUUUAAGCCAGCCUGAAUAAAGGUAGCUACUACAAGAAUUUCCUCCUGUUUCUUGACACUCACAAGCAUGGCUAAGUUUGUCCUUUCUAGCAUCAGUUUCUGUCUCAAACCCGCAAGAUAACAGUUCCAACGUGCAGUUCUCCAUUACUUCCAGUUCUCCUCUCCUCUCAACCAAAUGACACUUGUGCAGGAUUUCAGCUAUCUUAGUCAUGCGGGUUUGUCUCCUCUCUUAUGGGAGGCAACAGAAGCCACAUCAGUUCCUAGAACAAUGGCAACUUUUAGUAUGUUCUCAGAAAUGUGUAUGUUGUCCAAAAAUGUUUAUUUUUCUAGGUUUUGGCACAAACCAGUGAACUCUGAAGAAGUACCAGUUUUCCCUUCUGCUGCAACCUAGGUACCUAUGUACAAAAUGCCUGCGGCCACUCAAAGGUAUAAAUGCAUGACGGAAUUUCAACAACACUGCACCACACAUCAACCAGCCGGAUAAACACACAAACACAAUGGUAUAUGGAUCCUUCCGUUUUCUUUGCACCUUGUGUAAAGUAUCUGGUGCUACAUUAUCCUAGAGAAAACAGACAAACCAAUCCACAGUAUUGUCUGAACUGAACCAGCUUAUACUGUUGAGCUAUGGAAUAUGUAGCAUCCCAAAGAGAAACAUGCAUUUAAUUAAUGUGCUUUUAGAUUAAUUUUAACUGAAAAUACAUAUGCCAAAGAAUCCCGAUUUAGUUGAUUUGCAGCUUCUGCUAACGCACAGAAUGACCCACUGGUGGGAGUUCUCUAAGGAAGCGUUAGAAACAGUGUAAUACCUUCAAAAAUUGAUCUGUAACUUACAUGUAUCCCUACAAUAAACACACAUAAAAGGACAGGACAUGCUUUUGAUACGCUGUACACUUCUCUGUCCUACCAAACUAUCUGAUCUUCUGUUAACUCAUUCCUGUUAUUUCCCUAGAAGUUAGACAUACACAGCAGACUCACCCCUCUGAGUGCAGUGGAGAGCAGAAUCACCUCCCCAACUCCUCUCACUCUUGCCUUAUUUAGCCUGGUAAGACCCAUGCACAGCUAAGUACGGACAAGCAUAAAUACUUACAUGGAGAAGUUAAAUAUUUUUCUUUUUAAAACCAAAAUUAACCCGUAUAUAGUAUUUAAAAAUAAAAUUCACCUUUUUGUAAGAGUAAGAUUUUGCUUCGAGAGCAAAAGGCAGCUCCAGGAUUUCCUGAAUAUUUCUGUGCGCUGCUGACAGGUUAAGUUUCUGCUGAGAAACUCUGUGCAAGUUUGAAGUGGUUACUCCUUUUCCCUUUACCUUUACAAAAGACAACUGUUACAUCAAAGAGUCAUCAGAAGACCUAUAGAACUGUAAAAGCAGAAAGGCCACAUUACAAGUUUCCUAUAAACCAGGUGAAGAGGCUUUCUUUUCGUGCCCUACUCCACUCAGCCCUGCAGCAACAACGGUGCUGAUGAUGGCGGAUGCGCCUCACGGCAAAUGCCUAUCA